UUUUUUUUUUUCGUUUGUUUUUUGGGAGAUUUCUCAGGGAGUUUGAGAUCUUUCAUCCAUGGGGACUGAGAUUCUACGACCUCAGGAUUGUUUGAAAGGAAGGAUCGGAGUUCCACUGGUGGCCUUUUGUCGUCGCCGGGGUUCUUAUGGAAACUCUGAUUCGAAUGUUUGUAACUAUAAUUCUAGAUCCAACCGAAAAUCUGCGGCUAGGUCGGAUCGGCCGGAGCAGCGGAAACGGUUUGUUUCGAAUCAAUCGGAGCCAUCGGUCUCGAAGAGAUCGAGUUCCGAGGAUUCGAAGACCAGGACGAAUAGUUUGGUGAUGGAAAAUGUUACGAUCUUGAGGCGAGGUGAAUCGCUCGAUUCGAAGACGAAGGGCGAAGCUCUGAAGAAGGAAGCUGAUAAUCUGGUCGUGUGUGGGACCGAGAGGUUGGGGCCGGCGCCGGAAAUGGUACUGAAGCAGAUCCGGAUCGUCGACGUUAGGUGUCCGAUUGUUGGAAAAGCCGAUGUUUACGCCGGAUCAGCGUUUUCGAUGUCUCCAUCUCCUAGUUCUCUUCCAUUACCGUCGUUCUCGAAGAAGAAACAGGUAUCCACCAUCGUUGACGACUCGGCCACAAGAGAUCUGAGGCGUUUGCUUCGUCUCGACGCAUGAGAUCUUCUCCAGAUCGUGAAUUUGGAUCUGAAAUUCGUAGUAAAAACCACCUCUCGUCCAUUUCUCAUCUCUCAUCUUUCUUACGUCUCUUUCGAUCUGUCCAGAUCUGAACUGCCAUGAUUUUUUUAAACGGUGGUAGAUCUGCAAAUCGAGCCAACGAGACAGGUAAAUCAGAUUUAAAAAACAAAAAUACCUAUGAUGAUCCAGGUUUGUUAAACGGGGAAGAAAUUCUGUGUAUUGUAAGAAUUUAGCUAAAACCUAGGCCGGAAGAAGAAGUAGUUUGCGCUUUGAAUGAUUAAUUUUCUGCUCUGUUGUGAAUUCCUUCGAGUCAAAAGGCUUUGUUAGAGCUUUUUUCGUUCUUCUGUAUGAUAUUAUGAAUCUUUAACAUAAUAAUAAGAAACAAUUCUGAUGAAGAUUUUGUAGAACUGGCCGCCAUGGCCAUUGUUCUUGCAAUUCUUCACCAUUUGAUUUUAA